CAGCACCACAAUGGCGCGUCCUGUGAAUGUGUAGUGGUGGUUCCCCUCCGUGAUCAUAUUCGUGAUACCGAAUUGUUUGUUUGUUUGUUUGUUCAUUGUGCCACUCAAGCUGCGACCACACAACUCGAACCGCUAUUUGUUGCAACUUCAAGUAGGGACGGGACUGCAUCGACUAAAUCUGUCAAACAUCACGAGCACCGAAGAGAAGAACGAGGCGCAAACAUCACCUGCCAUUGCGAUCAUGGCCGAUCCAGUCGUGGCCGAGCUCAACGAGCGCUUCGGCACUGCCAACACCGAGCUCUCUCCAGAUGUCAUAUAUGAGCUCCAGUCGAUUAUGCGCCUGCACGAACUCGACGUUCAAGACAUGUUCUUCAAGUGGGAGUCGUACUGCAUCAAGAUGGACAUGGACCAGCCCAAGAUGUCCAUGUCCACUGUUCGCAAGUUCAAGCAGGACCUACAAGACACACUAGAACGAGCAAACCGAGCUCAGGCGUUGGAGCAAGUCAAGACCGAAAAGCGACCGGGAGGAACACCAAGGCCAGGAGCGAGGAACAAUAGCGAUGUGUUUGGUAUGCUUGAUGGACUCACAACACCGGCAGCUCGACGGGCAGCAAAGCUUGGUUCGGCUAGGAAAACACCAAUGGGGACUCCCAUCGGCUCCCGCUUGAAGAAUGAGCCCGUAAGCUCGCCGAUGAAGCUGGAGGCACAACUAGAUGCCAUGGGCGUGAUUCCACCAUCUUCUUUCAAAGAUAGACCAAACGCCGGCGAAGUGAUCGAAAUCCUCAACGAAAAUCUCCCUGCGCCCGAACCACCCAUCGCUCCCUUCGGCGAGUCCCGCAUCAAACUUACUGCCGCCUCCGAUCUGAAGAAAUUGGGCUACAAGCCACUAGCAAUGAAGCUUUCUGAAGCAUCCGAGAUCUUGGACGACAGGAUAGACGACUUUACAAGUUUGGUUCUGGAACAUUACAAGUUGGACGAGUCGGUAUUCGGCAGCGCGGCUAUGCAGAGUACCACAGAGAUCGUGGCAGUCGGGCGUGUCGCCUCUGAUACGUCCGAGGGCAAGCUCAACGCCGCUUCCCUCGUGUUAGAAACCUCCAGAAAGUUGGGCGGCGGUUUCCGGGUACCCCUAAACGUCAGCAAGCUCAAGGGUUACCAGUUCUUCCCCGGACAGAUCGUCGCACUACGCGGAACCAAUACCACGGGGCGUGAGUUCACCGUCAACGAAGUCAUACGCAUGCCUCUCAUGGGCAAUGCUGCCUCCACACUAGAGACCAUGGCAGCACACCGUGAGAGGCUACGCGGCGGUCCGGACGCCAUGGACACCGACGACGAAAACCCCAUGCCUCUUAACGUCAUCUUUGCCUCUGGCCCCUACACCGCCGACGACAACCUCGACUUCGAGCCCCUCCACACUUUCAUCAACGAAGCAGCAGACACCUAUGCCGACGCCGUCAUCCUCACCGGCCCCUUCAUCGACGCCGAGCACCCCCUCAUUGCAUCAGGCGACUUCGACCUCCCCGAGGAAGCCGUCUACGACCCUGACGCUGCAACUCUGAACACUGUCUUCAAGUAUCUCAUCUCGCCCGCGCUGAACCGACUCGUGUCCGCCAAUCCGCACGUCACCAUCCUGCUCGUUCCCUCGGUUCGCGACGUAAUCGACCGCCACGUCUCUUGGCCGCAAGACCCCUUCCCCCGCAAGGAGCUCGGCCUGCACAAGAGCAUCAAGAUCCUUGGCAACCCAAUGACGCUCAGCCUCAACGAGACGUUGGUGGGGAUCAGCAGUCAGGAUGCGCUGUGGGAGCUCAAGCAUGAGGAGCUGAUUGGCGGCACGGUGGAGGAUACCAAUGGCUUGUCGAGGGUGGCGAGGUAUCUGAUCGAGCAGAGGCAUUAUUUCCCGCUGUUUCCGCCGACGGAUCGGACGAAGCUGCCCAAGACGGGGAGACAGGUGAUUGAUGGGCAGGCUGCGCCGGGCGCCAUGCUGGAUAUCAGUUAUUUGAAGUUGGGCGAGAUGGUUAAUGUGCGUCCGGAUGUGUUGAUUGUGCCGAGCGCGUUGCCGCCUUUCGCCAAGGUCAUUGAAAGUGUGUUGGUCAUCAACCCCGGGUAUCUAUCACAACGCAAGCGAGCCGGUACAUAUGCCAGGAUGACACUGUAUCCGCCAAAACUGUCGGAGGCGGAUGCUGCGCCAGGUGGGAUGCUUGCCCAUAGGAUCUUUGAGAGGGCAAGAGUCGAGGUCACCAGGAUUUAAACUUAAUCUCGAAGUUCUGGGUUUGGUAGACAUGUCUUGAUGAUGUGAAAAUUUGGAGGUAUAAAUCUGGUUUCCAUGUAUUUGUAUUCGGCAUUGGCAUGAGGAUAGGUAUAACCAGGUGGUUUGGCGUCGGGAUGAAAAAGAGUUUGCACAUUCACCUUGACGAUACAACAGUAUUAAUGUGAGAAGUUCUUGCAUGAGCCGACGAGGCCGCAGGUAGGCAAGACAUGGACUACCUAGUAUCCACCUUUCUUCGCUUGUCGCUCUCAUACCGGUCCCGCUCUCUGGAUGGUGACCGUUUCCUCCGCUCGCCGUGGUCGCGAUCACGAUCACGUCUUGGAGACGGCGACCGGCGCCUCUCCCUGUAAUCAUCAUCCCGACGUCUGUCACGGUCCCGAUCCCGAUCCCGGUGACGGUCCCUGUCUCCGUCCCUGUCACGGUAACGGUCCCGAGAAUGGUCUCUACCACGGUUGCGAUCUCUAUCGCCUCCCCUAUACCGAUCCUCACCACGCGGCCUGUCAUCACCCCUUGACCUCUCCGGGGCGCUCUUCCGAUCACCCAACGGAAUGGCAUUCGAGCCCUUCGGCCCAUCACCACCCCUAUCCCUGUACCGAUCCCUAUGAGAGUCAUCAGGCUGGAACCUUUCAUCUCCAAACCUGUCAAACUCCCUCCCUGGCCUGUUGUCAUGCAGGCGGCCCCACUGUCCCGUAUCUUCACUCUUGAGGUCUCUGUACUUGGUGGCGCCCUUUCUUCCCAGCUUGGUCAUAUCUCUCAGCUGCAGCGCCUUGGGCAACAGCUCCCGGUUCUUAACAUCGUCCGCAAACCUCGCGCCCAUAAUGUCUCGCUUGUCCAGUCCCAUCUCCUUGCUCUCAUCCUGGUAGAAAGCACCCUUGUGAAAGUACUUUUGCAUGUAUGCCAUCUUGCCUUUGCCCUCUUUCUCUUCCUUCUGCUGCUGCAGGUGUUUUUCAUCUUCGGCGCGACGUUCUUCUUCCGUGAGGUUCCGUCGGCGCUCGAUCUCUGCGAGUUCCUUCUCCUUGGCUUCGAUAGCCUCGCGCUCGCGCCGGACGCGCUUCAGCUCACGCAGUUUCCAGGCAGCGUAUUCGGCUUCGGGGUCAAUGUCAUCCGUGUCGUCGAUUUGGUCGUCUUCUGGGUCGGUGUCGUCGUCCCAGUGCUUCUUGCCAGCGGCGCGGGCGGCAAGGUCUUUCUUGAUUUGCUCUUCGACAAGCUCGUCGGCGGCGCGGCGGCGGGCUUCUGCGGCAGCUGCUUCGUCUUCUUCGGGUGUCGAUUUCUUGUUUGUCGAGGCGGAGUUGGAUGCGGUUACUCCAGCUUCGCGGUCGGCCUUUCGAAUGAACUUUGGUCGCAGCAUCAACCGCCUUGGUGCUUCCUCUUCUUCUUCUGAGCUCUCUUCCUCUUCCGACUCUUCUUCCUCGUUGCCACUUUCCUCUUCCUCUUCGUCUUCCUCCUCUGUCACGAACCCUUCCUCUCUUGCUUUCUGUUCGGCCGCAAUGCGCGCCUUCGCAGCUGCCUCCCGUCGCUUUUUCUCUUCUUCUUCGUUGUCUGGGGCGUUGCUGCCUAUUCCGGCGGCUUUCAAGUUGAUCUUGCCAUCGUUGCCACGACUGAUGAUUCGGCCAGGACCUGCUGCAUUGGCAAACUUGGGCGCUGGCGCUUUCCGCGUGGAAGGCUUCUUGGGGGCUUCCUCCUCGUCUUCGGGAACGUUGUCGGAUUCGGAUUCGGAGUCGACACCGGUGGGCUUGCCGGCGCGGUAGCGCGGUGCCUUGACCGGGUUGGCCGUCAUGCUCUUAGCUGGCGGCAUGACGGGCGUGGCUGUGGACGUGUAAAGCUGAUAUCUGGAUGGCAAUGCAAGGCUGAAUGAUCAAGUACAGGUGGCGAACCUUAAGGACGGGCGGAAUGGCGUUCAAAAUGAAAUGCUGGGAAAUGCAACUUUCAUGUCCGG